GGACUUUUUGGCGGGAACGCGAGGAGUGAAGUUGUGUGAUUUGUUUUAUUUUGUCUAUUUGGUGUUUCUUCGGGUUUAAAUGUGUAAUAAUGGUGGUUUAUUAACCGUUUAAUAUCUGUGAAAGUGCACAAAUGUGGGAAAACUAAAUAAAGUCGCUGGACGUAACUUCUCGGGAUCCUCCAAAAAGUCCACUGAAAAAAUCUUAGUAAAUGACCACCAUUUUACUGAGAUUAGAUUUCAUCUCAUAUCAUCUCAUUUGAUUUCAUCCCAGUUGAUUAAUGUCUCAAAUUAAUCAUUUUCAUUUCAUUUCACUCCAUAAUAUCAUUUUUCAUAAAAUUAAGAAUAUACAUUAAAAUAAGACAUGACUUAAAGGUCUCAGUAACCAGGUCAUAAAAUCUCUUAUAAAAAUAUAUAAUUAAAAUGAUACCUACAGACUUUACAGACAGAACAGAUAGAAUUACUCAUCGCUUGUGUUGUGGACGUCGUGGAUGCAAGAGCUCAAAACGUAAGCUGAAUUCUAAAUGAAAUUGAAGAUUUUAACAACUCUGUCGGUUAUAAUUGCGACAUUUUUCAAUAUGUCGGUUGAAGCAAGUGAUUCUGGCAAAUCCGACCGAAAACUAUACAAUUCAGUAAUUACCGCUGACUACGAUGAUGCAACCAAAAGAUGCGAGCAACUUCAAUCCGAACCGGAUGGUUCGUACAUCAUAAAGAACACAGUUACCGAGCUGCUUAACAAUGCCGAAUCUAACACAAUUAAUUUCUCUUACAAACUAUGGACCACUGGGCACCAAAAUAUAGUUCAAAGUUGUUUCCCAUUAGAGUUCAGACUGAUACUAGACGAUAAGAAGGACUGUAAAAUUAUUAACAAGCAUGACGAUCUGUACAUGACUCUGAGCAAGGAUCUAGACCAAAAUGGUGAUAGAGACGCAUAUGGCGACGAGGACGACCAUAAGAACAGUUGGAAGUUUAUGUCCUCGUGGGAAUCGAACAGAGUUUAUUUCAAAAUCUUUAACCCGAAAUACAAUCAACGUUUGAAAAUGGGUGAUCCUGUGAAGGACGAUGAGCGUAAAGUGUUCUCAUCUGACGAUGCUACAGACAGCACAAGUCAAUGGUACCUGCAGGCGAUGAAUCACAAAGGCGACCUUUUAUUUUUCAUAUUCAAUCGCAGAUACUCGCAGGCCCUGAAGAUCGGUAAGGACGUUGUGAACAACGAGGAUUUCAGGAUAUAUGGCGAGAGCGAAGAUGCUGCCGAGAAGCCACAUUAUUUCGGUUGGUUAAUUGAGCCAAUGUAAUAAUAACACAUCUAGUGUUCAUUAAUCACUAACAGCCCAAAAUAUUGUUUAAUUUUAUAUAUUACACUUGCUAUUCUGUUCAAUAUUGAUUUAAUGGAUUGGGCAAAAGCUCCCCAAUAGCUAUCAAACGAAAGAGAUUCGGUCUUUAAAGGAGCAUGAUGAAGGAGAAUAGUGAUCAAUUGUUUUGGACAUAGUCCAUUUAGUUAAGUAAUAAGCGUGUUUAAAACUUUAACCAUCGAUGGUCGGUGAGGUCCAAAAUUCGAUUAAUGAGCUAUUGGUCUAUAACGUUUUAAAUGUUCACAUAGAUGCCCGCCUGUGAACAAAAUUGAACAGAAAAUAAUUAUUUCACAUUUAUGCUUACAGAAGAAAAAAAAAUGUUUUUAUUAAUUUAUAUAUAUAAAUAAAUUUUAACAACUCAAAUAAAAUUGGCAUUUGUAAACAGUGUAUCAAAAAAAAAAUAGUUUGUAAGAUGAUUAUAUUAAAGAAAAACAAGCUUUUUGUAUUUAUAUUAAUUGUGAAACAGAACUAAAAAUUAAAAUAAAUAUAUUUUAACACGACCAAAAAAAUUGGCAUUAGUAAACAGUGUAUCAAUAAAUAAUAGUUUUUAAGAUGAUUAUUUUAAGGAAAAAGAUGCUUUUUGUAUUUAUAUUAAUUGUGAAACAGAACUAAAAAUUAAAAUAAAUAAAUUUUAACACUACCAAAAAAAUUUGCAUUAGUAAACAGUGUAUCAAUAAAUAAUAGUUUGUAAGAUGAUUAUAUUAAGGAAAAAGAUGAUUUUUGUGUUUAUAUUAAUUGUGAAACAGAGAACUAAAAAUUAAAUUUUUUAUUUUACUU